AUGGCGAAGAGGUCGCGCAGUGAGGAUGAGGAUGAUGACCUUCAGUAUGCUGAUCAUGAUUAUGAAGUACCACAACAAAAAGGAUUGAAAAAACUCUGGAACAGAGUAAAAUGGACGAGAGAUGAGGAUGAUAAGUUGAAGAAAUUGGUGGAACAACAUGGAACAGAUGAUUGGACACUAAUUGCUAGUCAUCUUCAAAACCGUUCUGAUUUUCAGUGCCAACAUCGAUGGCAGAAAGUUUUAAAUCCAGAAUUGAUAAAGGGUCCUUGGACUAAAGAAGAAGAUCAGAGGGUUAUUGAACUGGUUCAGAAAUAUGGACCAAAAAGGUGGUCUUUAAUUGCAAAACAUUUAAAAGGAAGAAUAGGCAAGCAGUGUAGAGAAAGAUGGCAUAAUCAUCUGAAUCCUGAAGUAAAGAAAUCUUCCUGGACAGAAGAAGAAGACAGGAUUAUCUACGAAGCACAUAAGCGGUUGGGAAAUCGUUGGGCAGAAAUUGCCAAACUGCUUCCUGGAAGGACUGAUAAUUCUAUCAAAAAUCAUUGGAAUUCUACUAUGCGAAGAAAAGUGGAACAGGAGGGCUACUUACAAGAUGGAAUAAAAUCAGAAAGAUCUUCAUCAAAACUUCAACACAAACCUUGUGCGACUAUGGACCAUUUGCAAACCCAGAAUCAAUUUUACAUACCUGUUCAGAUCCCUGGUUAUCAGUAUGUGUCACCUGAAGGCAAUUGUGUAGAACAUGUUCAGACUACUUCUGCCUUUAUUCAGCAACCCUUUGUUGAUGAAGAUCCUGAUAAGGAAAAGAAAAUAAAGGAACUUGAGAUGCUUCUUAUGUCAGCGGAGAAUGAAGUUAGAAGAAAGAGACUUCCGUCUCAACCUGGAAGCUUUUCUAGCUGGUCCGGUAGUUUCCUCAUGGAUGAUAGCAUGUCUAAUACUCUAAAUAGCCUUGAGGAACAUGCUACUGAGUUUUAUGGUAUGGAUGAAAAUCAAACUGCAUCUGCUCAGCAGAAUUCUCCCACGAAGUUCCUAGCUGUAGAGGCAAAUGCUGUGCUAUCUUCUCUACAGACCAUCCCUGAAUUUGCAGAAACUUUGGAACUUAUUGAAUCCGAUCCUGUAGCAUGGAGUGAUGUUACCAGUUUUGAUCUUUCUGAUGCUGCUGCUUCUCCUGUCAAGUCUACCCCAGUUAAACUAAUGCGAAUUCAACACAAUGAAGGAGCCAUGGAAUGUCAAUUUAAUGUCAGUCUUGUACUUGAAGGGAAAAAAAACAGUUGUAAUGGUGGAGACAAUGAGGCUGUGGCUUUAACAUCCCCAAAUGUGGCAAAAUUUAGCACUCCACCAACUAUACUCAGAAAGAAGAGAAGAAUGCGAAUAGGUCAGUCCCCAAACAGUGAACUUGGUGAUGGCACAUUCAACGAUGGCGGUAAUACAGCACUAAAGCACACACCGGUGAAAACACUACCAUUUUCUCCUUCACAGUUUUUCAACACAUGUCCUGGUAAUGAACAACUUAAUAUAGAAAACCCUUCAUUUACAUCAACCCCUAUUUGUGGGCAGAAAGUUCUCAUUACAACUCCUCUUCAGAAGGAAACAACUCCCAAAGAUCAAAAGGAAAAUGUCGGGUUUAGAACACCUACUAUUAGAAGAUCUAUAUUGGGUACCACACCAAGAACUCCUACCCCUUUUAAGAAUGCACUUGCUGCUCAGGAGAAAAAAUAUGGACCUCUUAAAAUUGUGUCCCAGCCACUUGCCUUCUUGGAAGAAGAUAUUCGAGAAGUUUUAAAAGAAGAAACUGGAACAGAUAUAUUCCUCAAAGAGGAAGAUGAACCUGCUUAUAAAAGUUGCAAACAAGAGCAUACUGCUUCUGUGAAGAAAGUCAGAAAGUCACUAAUCUUAGAUAAUUGGGAAAAAGAAGAACCAGGCACUCAACUGUUGACUGAGGACAUUUCAGAGAUGCAGUCAGAAAAUAUAUUUACAACAUCUUUAUUAAUGAUACCAUUAUUGGAAAUACAUGACAAUAGGUGCAACUUGACUCCUGAAAAACAAGAUAUAAAUUCAACCAACAAAACAUAUACACUUACUAGAAAGAAACCAAACUCUAACACUUCCAAAGGUGUCACAUUGGAAAAGAAUCUUCAGUCAAAUUGUGAAUGGGAAACAGUGGUUUAUGGGAAGACAGAAGACCAGCUUAUCAUGACUGAACAAGCAAGAAGAUAUCUGAGUACUUACACAGCUACCAGCAGCACUUCAAGAGCUCUAAUACUGUAA